GCACCGCUCUUCGCUUCGCAGACGAAUUUCUCCGCCUCUAGCGACCAACACCUCGCAGUUUCAUCGUCGCCGUCGCGGACUAAAACUCUACACUCGAUACAGACAGACAGACAGACAGACGCAGCGAAAGCGAGAGAGAGAGAGAGAAGGAAAUCAGAAGCAUACUCUAAACUCGCGAGCACACGUACUAACGCCCGACAUCGUUUGCACGAACGUAGCAUAGCAGUACGUCUCGCCUAAACGUGGUGUGUGUUACGACGACCGGACCAGUGCGACCACCUCCCCCUCCCCCCGCGAUCAUGAAAAGUGAAAUCCUACCGACCGGAGGAGGAGGCGGCGGCGGCGGAACAUUACUCGCACGGGAGGACCCACCUCCCUCGACGAAAACACCCGAAGAAGAAGAAGAAGAUGAAGAAGACGCCUGCCGAUUCGCCGUCCUCUCCUACGAAGAGGUCGUGCGACUCGACUCCGUCCUCGACGAGGUCAUCCCGGUGCACGGCCGCGGAGACUUCCCCGCACUCUACGUCCAACUGAAGCAGCUGACGACGCUGGUACGGCGGCGCCUCCACCGCGAAGGCGUCGUCGUCCGCUCGGUGCGCCUCAACGGCGGCGCCGCCUCCCACAUCGUCGCCGCGUCCAGCCACCAGACCUACAACGACCUCGACGUCAUCUUCCACGUCGACCUGUCCUCCGACCCGCUCUCCGUCGACCGCGUCCGCGACGUCGUCCUCUCCUGCCUCGUCGACUUCGCCCCCCAGGGGGCGCUGCCCGGCGGCGUCGCGACGGCGGUGCUCGCCGAGGCGUACGUGAAGAAGCUGGUGCGCGUGCGCGGCGGCGGCGACGGCGGCGACCUCUGGUCGCUCAUCUCGCUGAACAACAACGCCGGCAAGAACGUCGAGCUGAAGUUCGUCGACACGAUGCGGCGGCAGUUCGAGUUCAGCGUCGACUCGUUCCAGAUCGUCCUCGACACGCUGCUCGCGUUCCACGACCACGCGGCCGUCGCCAUGUCGCGGCGCUUCUUCCCCACCGUCGUCGCGGAGUCCGCGUACGGCGACUACGCGGCGUCGCUGCGGCACCUCCGCGAGCGCAGGAUCGCGACGCGGGCCCCGGAGGAGAUACGCGGGGGAGGGCUGCUGAAGUACUGCGCCCUGCUCGCGCGCGGCUACCUCGCCGCCGACCCGGAGAGGAUCCGAAAGCUCGAGCGGUACAUGUGCUCGCGUUUCUUCAUCGAUUUCCCGACGCUCUCCGCACAGCGCGCCAAGAUCGAGUCGUACAUCGAGAACCACUUCACGGACGGAGGAGGCGGCGGCGGCGGAGGAGGAGGAGGAGGAGGAGGAGGAGGGGAGGAGGGGCCGUACGCGUACCUGACGAUACUUCACAGCGUCGUCGCGAACUCGACCGUCUGCCUGAUGGGCCACGAGCGGCGGCAGAUCCUCGCGCUCAUACAGUCGUUCGCGUACGAAGCGUACUCGGAGGCCGUCCGCCGGCAGCAGCGGCGGCAGUUUGAGCUGAGCGCGUACGCCGCCUACCGCGCCAACGGCUACCAGACGUUCUACUACUACCCCGUGCGAUCGCCGUCGUCGUCGUCGUCGUCGUCGUCGGCAACGGUCGCCGCGCAGAAGUUGUCGACCGCGCCGUGCCAGUGCCAGCGAGCCGAUUGGCUGCCGUGCGCGUAA